AUGAAUUUAAUGAAUAAUGAUGAAUCUACUCAAUUUACAAUUGUAAAAUCAACAAGCGAUCAAACAAUGCAACUAUUUAAAGAUUACAAAUUAAUACUACAUGAAGCAAUUGAAGCAUUAAGAAUUGUAAAGGAACAAGAAAAUAUUGAACCUAUCGGUAGAUUAGAUUUUGAUAUGAUAAUAGAUGGUGUUGGAAAAAGAGAUGGAGAAUAGAUAUAAAUACCUUUCACC